UGCUAGGCAGUGAGUUGGAGGCGCCUGGGCUCAGCUGAUGUUCUCCAAGGAGGACUUGGAAUGAACCCGAGACACAGAGGGUGAGGUCAGUGGUUUGCUCAGCAAGAAGGCUGAGUUAGUGACAACCUGUCACAGCUCCCAGGAUCCCUGGCUGCAGUCCCUGGCUCCGACUCCUCCCCCUGCCAGCCUUAAGGGAGAUGAAAAUCAGUGAUGUGGAUCUAUUGACUAAGUGUCUCCUGUGUGUCAUAGUGGGAGGCUCACGUUUUUUUUAUCCCAGCUGCCAUGAUGGCUUUCACAUACUUUUUCAUCCAUUACUCACUGUGUGUGCUGUGAGGUGUCUGAGUAAACUGAAGCCCAGAAUCUGGUCACUGGUCAUGAAGGCUGGUGAGUGGGGGGGUUUGAACCCAUCUUCCUCAUCUUAGAUGGCCCAUUCCUUCCACUCUACCACGCUGCCAUGCAGGUGGGAUGACAGGAGGGUGUCCAAAGAACUGUGCGACUGUCCCGGCUCCCAGCGACACUGGACCAGCCAAAUCUGUGAUAUGGGCAGGGUUGGUUUUAUGUGUCGAAGUGUGGGCUUUGUGGUGCUGCUUAAAAUUGUUUGCCAAAGUCCCCAAGAACAUGUGGAAAACAUCCUCUUGCCUUUUUUUUUUUUUCUUUUUUUUGAGACAGAGUCUUGCUCUGUCACCCAGGCUGGUAUACAGUGGCUUAAUCUUGGUUCACUGCAACCUCUGCCUCCUGGGUGUAAGCAAUUCUCCUGCCUCAGCCUUCCAAGAGGCUGGGAUUACAGGCAUGCACCACCAUGCUGGGCCAAGUUUUGUAUUUUUAGUAGAGAUGGGGUUUCUCCAUGUUGGCCAGGCUGGUUUUGAACUCCUGGGCUCAAGCAAUCCCCCUACCUGGCCUCCCAAAGUGCUGGGAUUAUAGGUAGAAGCCUCCGUGCAGGCCUUGAAGCCUCUCUUUUUAUCUUACAAUUUCACUUGCAUUUUGCAUAUCACUCUGUAAUGUAGCCUUGUUUGUUCUAAGACAAUGAUUUACAUUUCUUGCCCCAAGUACGUUUGAUCCUCACUGUGUUCUGGGUUUGUCCUGACGUGGCUUCCUGUACCCCUGGCUUCCGUCUGUUCCCUGGGGGUAUGGAUAUCCUUGUGUGAGAGACUCAAACUAGGUGAAAGAGGAUAGAGGUAGUGGUGGGGCACAUUCAGUAUUGUGAAGAAAGGCACACUGGCAAAAAGGGAAGGGGGAGCCCAGUUGGGCUGGAGAUGUAGAUUGCAGUGAGGCCGAGGAGGCAGCGAAGGUCAGGUUGGGGCCGUCUUCUGAGAGGGUCAAGGACAGAAUGCCAUCUCCAGGAGUUCUGACCUCGUUUUAUAGGCAGAGAGGGCAUCAGUGGACGCCCUGCUGGCGGACUUGGAGUCCACCACCUCCCACAUCUCCAAACGGCCUGUAUUCUUGUCAGAGGAGACCCCCUACUCAUACCCAACUGGAAACCACACAUACCAGGAGAUUGCCGUGCCACCCCCUGUGCCCCCACCCCCAUCCAGCGAGGCCCUCAAUGGCACGAUCCUUGACCCCUUAGACCAGUGGCAGCCCAGCAGCUCUCGAUUCAUCCACCAGCAGCCUCAGUCCUCGUCACCUGUGUACGGCUCCAGUGCCAAAACUUCCAGUGCCUGUAACCCUCAGGACGGUGUUGGCUCUCCGUGCUCCCGAGUGGGUGAAGAGGAGCACGUCUACAGCUUCCCUAACAAGCAGAAAUCAGCCGAGCCUUCACCCACCAUAAUGAGCACCUCCCUGGGCAGCAACCUUUCAGAGCUCGACCGCCUGCUGCUGGAACUGAAUGCCGUGCAGCAUAACUCGCCAGGCUUCCCUGCAGAUGAGGGCAACUCAAGCCCCCCACUUCCUGGGGCCCUGAGCCCCCACUAUGGUGUCCCAGAGAAUAACAGCCCACUGGGGGGCAAAGCUGGGCCUCUGACGAAAGAGAAGCCUAAGCGGAAUGGGGGCCGGGGCCUGGAGGACGUGCGGCCCAGUGUGGAGAGUCUCUUGGAUGAACUGGAGAGCUCCGUGCCCAGCCCUGUCCCUGCCAUCACUGUGAACCAGGGCGAGAUGAGCAGCCCGCAGCGCGUCACCUCCAGCCAGCAGCAGACACGAAUCUCGGCCUCCUCGGCCACCAGGGAGCUGGACGAGCUGAUGGCUUCACUGUCGGAUUUUAAGACCAGCUCCUCCACAGUGGCUCUGAGCGCCCCGGGGCUGCUGCCCAGCUCUGCUCUAUCCUCACACGGCUCCUUUCCUCCUUCUCCUCCUCCUCCUCCCAUGUCAUCUGUAUUCCUGCCACCCACCACUAAACCCUCUCCUCGAGGCCAGGGCCACACUCCGGAGUCCCCUUGUACUGAGCAGAGUGGACGAGGCCUUCUACUUCCUGUGGCCCCCAGCUGGCUUGAUUUGGCUGGUCUUGGGGUGAUGCCUGACACCCUCAACUCAAGGUCUCCCUCUGUGGAGAGUUCUCUGGGGCCAGUGGGCACAAAGAGCCAGGGCCGAGAUUGGAGGCACCUGCCAAACCUCACAAGUGAGCUCUCUGGGGCUCCUCGCUGCCACACUGUACCCCUUCCUGGGAGCACAGGUCCCCAGGAGCCUGGGGAGCCCCAGGGGCCACCAGCCAGCCCUUCAUGCUCAGAGGAGGCCGUGACUACCACAUGGGAGGAGCCAUGGGCUUCGGAGGUAUUCAAGCCUGAGAGAAUCCCCCCCUGUGGAGCUGCUCGAAGCUUCCAAGAAGUAACAGAGCCAGCUGUUGUGGCAGUGGACCGGCAGGCCAUCUUCCCAGAGACCUGGACUCUCACAGAGGAACAUGGCCUACAGCAGGAGGGGCCAAGGCCAGAGUCAGGGAGGCUGCGAAGCAGCUGCCCUGCCCCAGUUACCAGGGAGCAGCUAGGUGGAAAGAUGCCCGAGAAGGGAAGCGUGGCCAGGCCCACCCAAGGACCUGAGACCCAAAGGAGCCCAGAGGGUGCCACCGAAGCUGCCACCCAGGCCGGGAAGGAACAGCCAGAGCUUCUGUGUGCCAUGGCCACAGGCACACCCAGCGCCACAGAGAGGAUUUCCACCUCUGGCCAGAUCCGAUCUGUGAUCAGGAGGAGCCGGGAGACGGGCCAUGCACACCCCAUGUCCCGGGAGCCCUCCCCUCGCCGCCGGCUGGACCCUGCCACCCUGAGCAGGACACCAUCCCAGGAACGGCUCAUCGCGGAGCUGCAGGGGCGGCUGGGCAUCCAGCCUGAGGCAGAGGAGCCAGCGGAGGCAGCAGGGCCCUCUGUCCAGGACUGGCUGACCGAAGGCGUCGUCAUCACUGUGCAGCCUCGUGGGAAGCGGGCUGGGGGGCAGCUUGUAGAGAAGGUUGUCUUCCCUCCGGGCUCUCCCAUUCCCCUGAGAAGAACCAUCUCUGUCCUGGCUCCUCCUUCUGUCCCUUUGCUCCAGCAUCACACAGACGCCGAGGCCAGCAGCUCUUCUCCCCUGUCCAGCCUGCCUGCCCCCUCCUCCCUGGGACCCUCAGCUUGCCUCUGUGAUUCUUCUGGGGUUCGGAGUGCUGGGGAAGAGCCUCAUGAUGAGGGGAUGCAGGGCCCCACCCUUCCCACUCCUGUACCCCAUACCGUGAGGUCCGUGGGCUGCCAGACCGACGAGGACCCGCUCUUCCCCCCAAUGCAGAUCCAGGGCCUGGAGCAAAGAGCGGAUGGGGAGCUGUGCUGGGCGGCCGGCUGGCCUUGGGACAGCGGGCAGAGCAGCCCUGGAGGGCAGGACGAGGGAGGGUUCAUGACCCAGGGGAAGACAGGGAGCAGCUCACCUCCUGGGGGGGCCCCGAAGCCUGGGAGCCAGCUAGACAGCAUGUUGGGGAGCCUGCAGUCCGACCUGAACAAGCUGGGGGUUGCCACAGUCGCCAAAGGAGUCUGUGGGGCCUGCAAGAAGCCCAUCGCUGGGCAGGUUGUGACUGCCAUGGGGAAAACGUGGCACCCUGAGCACUUCGUCUGCACCCACUGCCAGGAGGAGAUUGGGUCCCGGAACUUCUUCGAGCGGGACGGACAGCCCUACUGUGAAAAGGACUACCACAACCUCUUCUCCCCGCGCUGCUACUACUGCAACGGCCCCAUCCUGGAUAAAGUGGUGACAGCCCUUGACCGGACGUGGCACCCUGAACACUUCUUCUGUGCCCAGUGUGGAGCCUUCUUUGGUCCUGAAGGGUUCCACGAGAAGGACGGCAAGGCCUACUGCCGCAAGGACUACUUCGACAUGUUCGCGCCCAAGUGUGGCGGCUGUGCCCGGGCCAUCCUGGAGAACUACAUCUCGGCCCUCAACACGCUGUGGCAUCCCGAGUGCUUCGUGUGCCGGGAAUGCUUCACGCCAUUUGUCAAUGGCAGCUUCUUCGAGCACGACGGGCAGCCCUACUGUGAGGUGCACUAUCACGAGCGGCGCGGCUCGCUGUGCUCUGGCUGCCAGAAGCCCAUCACCGGCCGCUGCAUCACCGCCAUGGCCAAGAAGUUCCACCCCGAGCACUUUGUCUGUGCCUUCUGCCUCAAGCAGCUCAACAAGGGCACCUUUAAGGAGCAGAACGACAAGCCUUACUGUCAGAACUGCUUCCUCAAGCUCUUCUGCUAGGCGCCCUGUCCCUGUCUCUGCCCCCCAAUCCCCAGCCAGCAUCCCCAACUGCUACUGUGACCCAGAGACCUCGCCCUGGGGUGACGGGGUAAACCCGACUGAAACUGGAACCCUCCUGUCCAUGGCUGGUGCAGGAUGGACAGAGGGCUGUGAGGGGUCUCCCUGCUUGUCUCCACCCUCGCUGGAACCUCUGGGCCCCUCCUUCCUCCUGCAACUCUCCCCAGGCUGUUCACUCUCCAUCCUCCCCAGGGGUGGAGGCUGGGGGCCCCACCCCAGCCCACGUACGUUUCCAUGAACUGGCCUGGCCAGCACCCCACACUGGAGCCAUCUCUUCCUCAUAUUUCAGCAGUGCAGCCAGGGGCGGUGGACGGGGAAGGGCAGGCAGGGUCUGUUGGGGUCUCUUUUUAUCCUUAUUUCUCCCUUGACCUGUCUUUGUUCUGUGAGUACUGGGGGACACACGGCUCCCUCCAGACAAUGCCAGCAUAAAUCCAUCCAUCCAAAGGCAGAGAACCUAAGGGGCCAUGGAAGGUUCUCUGUGCUCCUCCUACCCUUCCAGUGCCCUAGGCCUGGGCGACUGCCCCUGCCUUUACCCGCCCUCCCCUUUUAUACCCGCUCUGGUUCUACUGAGAAAAGCCUCUCCAGCAAUAAUGUUUUAUAGUCACUUCCUCAUCUCCGGGACGGCGUGCCUGGACACUGUACUGACUUUGAUAGAUUUCUACACUGAGGUUUGGAUUCCUGUCGCCUGAGUUGCUUUUACUUCUGUAUAUGAAAUGAUUUUGAAGAGAUUUUAAAGUCGAUCCCUUUUGUAUUCUCCUCCUUGUCCACCGCCACUGGGCCUGUCGCUGACGGUGGCCCUGGUGUGGAGUUGGCUUUGUACGGAGGGCUGGGGUGGGAAAGCAAUUUGUAUUUUAUGUUUUUUUGGCACAAGCAGGUGAACUGGGAGCAGCUCUGACUCCCGCUCUUUCACCUCACAGCUCACCAGGACUGUUUUAUAAACUGCUGUAUUUGGAAGCCCCUUACUUCCCAGGCCAGCAAGCUCUUCACUGAAACUGGUUGAAGAGUGUCUCGCCCUUUCGGGGCUGGAAUUCUGAACCUCAUCUGUUCUGUCUCUGCAGGAGAAGGAGAAAGUCUGUUUUUGGGGGCUGCUUCCUGUCUAAGCCCUCAGGAGCCUCUGCUCCCCCGUGAACCUCUGAACCCUCUCAGCCUCUACCGCUUCUCUGGGGCUCUCUCUUCUGCCUUCUCAGGAAAGCGGGUGUCUGAUUUUGACCGACAGGACUCUGACGUCUCCUUGGUCUUGUUGAUUUCCUCUGGGCAUAUCCCUUCCCCAGAUGUGCUCUCCCGGGAGCCUGGGUCUGUCUCCACCCCGUUCACUUGUGGGAUCGGCACUCAGGGGGUCUGGAAAGAAGGUCAUAAGGGAAUGUGAUAGGAUUUGGGGCAGACGGACAAACUCCUCUGGGGAAACCCCCGGAGCUCCUGACUGAGGAUGAAAGAGGAGCCUGGCCUUGGGCUCCUGAUCAAGAGAAAAGGGCCCCACCGGGGUCUCACGGGGAGAGUCCAGACCACUCCACUGGCCUCCUGGCAGAAGCCAAGUGUGCUGGGGUCUCAGAAGAGGGUCCCUCCUUUGUGGCUGUGGGGAGGGCAGCCUGGCCCCCCUGGAGGUUUCCACUUCUACCCACAGGCCUUACCGCUCUGUUUACAGUGACCUGCCCUAGACCUUCCCCAAGAGGGACUGGGGUUUCUGGGGUCUACUCCCUGAGUCAAAGGUUAUUUGAAAAUUUGAUUUUCAUUUUAUUUUUUUCUCUGUAAACAUCUAACCUGGCUUUUCCCAUUUCAAUUCCUGUGAUUUAUGCCAAUAAAGUUUGCCAUGAUUUUCA